CUUCCGCCCCCGUUCGUUCGUCCGCCGUCAUUGCUCGUCAUGGUUGGUAAUUGGUCGCCUAUAUGCCCUUGGGUUUCAUCAGAGAGAUCAGACGACAUCCUGCAUCCUGCACUACCUUGCACCUUGACGUUCUAUUACACAUCUCUCUCCCUCUCUCUGUCUCCUAAUUUCGCUCAACCCGCAAAUCAACAACACACUACAAUGUCCUGGGCCGACGUCGCAAAGAAGAACGCUCCUCCCGAGUCGGAGCAACCUCACCCUGACCAGGCUCUGCUUGAGGGUCAGCACUUUGAGGGCGAGACCCCUGCUCAGCACGGAAUUGGCGAUCACGGAGUCCAGGUGAUCGACCGAGAGACCUUCGAGCACCCCGCCCCGGCCGAGCCCGUCAAGGCCGAGACCCUCCAACCUCUCGACCUCAACUCGAGCCCCGCUCCCAACGACCCUGCCAACACCAACCCCUCCACCUCUUCCUCUGCUCCCAAGGCUACCGACGCCCCCAAGGGUUCCGAGAUCAAGGUCCCCUCUGCCCAAGAGGUCGGCAAGAAGGUCGACGAGUCUGUCGAAAAGGGCAAGCAGACCGCCAAGGAUGCCGAAGAGAAGGGUAAACAGGUAGCCAAGGACGCCGAAGCCAAGGGUAAGGCUGCCGCCAGGGACGUCGAGAAGAAGGCCGAACGUGCCGCCGACAAGGUCGAGGAGACCGCCAAGGAGGUCAAGGGGGCCAGCAAGCAGUUGGCGAGGGACGCCGAGGUCAAGGGCAAGGAGCUCGUGGAUGACGCUGCCGAGAAGACCAAGGAGGUCGCCAACGACGUCGAGAAGAAGGCCAAGCAGUUGAAGCGAGAGGCCAAGGCCGAGAUCCAGCACGCCGAGAACGUCGCCGCUCAGUACAUUGAACGUGCCAAGGAGCUCGUCCUCCGACCGGGCGCCCUCGGCGGUCUGAUGGGAGUAGCCAACGUCGGUCUCCUUGGAACGAUCGGUUACUACGCCUACACCCGACGAAACGUCCCUUGGGACCGAAACUAUGUCGGCGCCACCGCCGCUUCCGUCCUCGCCCUCUUCGGAAUCGAGGGUGUUGUCGCUGAACAGUUUGCCCAGACGCCAGAGGGCAAGGAGGAGAUCGCCCGAGCCAAGCAGGAGGGAAGCAAGUUUUACGUCAAUGCGAGAGAGGUCAUCUUGAGGCCUGGUGUUGCCGGUGGAUUGUUGGGUGCCGUCAACGUUGCCGUCCUCGGAGCUGUCGGCUACCUCGGAUACCAGAACUGGGACCGAAGGGUGUGGGACCGAAAGAUCGUAGCAGGGAUCGUCUCGGGUCUGAUCAGUCUGAGCGCCGUCGAAGGUCUGGCCGGGAACGUAUGGAAGCAGAAGAGGGAGGGCAAGGCUUAGGAGGACGUGAAUCAUGAUUUGGUCUAUAGUUGUUUUUUAAUGCGCGAUCUGAUGAUUCGAUAAGAAUUGAAUGUGUAUGAUCGAGUGGCUCGUGAGGAUUCGUGUUGCGUACCUGAUCGAGUUGUGAGGGGAAGAGCAGGCAGAGGUCACGAAUCGCGACCAUGCGGAUAGGCAGGGAAAAUAUCUUGAUCGUUUAUGACAUCCCGACAUUGGAGA